AUUGGUACUUUUUACUUUUAGUUAAGUAAUUUUCAAGCAGAAAAUUUGUACUUUUACUUAAGUACAAUAUUUUUGUACUUUUUCCACCUCUGACAAUGAGUUUAAGAAGGUUCCUGGUCCAAAUGGAACCUCAUAAAGGUUCACAACAGCAGCUGAUGUUCUUCCAGGUGAACCGGAUGAUGGACUGGAUGUUAAAGGUGAACUUCUAUCGGUGGGUUCCACCUGCCGUCCACUACGACUUCCAUCAUUGAUAAAGUAACAACCAGGAACUAAUCUUCUCCCCGCAGGUCCAGAUCUGUCGGUACAACCAAACAACUUAACAACCGUGUUUGUGAACGUUGGUCUGAACGGUGUUUUUGGAAACAGCUGAAUCUCUGCACCGUGAUGGUUCUAUGUAGGUACCAACGUCCUUCCCUCCAUCAUUCCAGCUGUGGAUUCAGGAAACACUCGUAUCGUUCCUGCGUGGGUCCAACUAUGUUAGUGGUGAACAUCGUCAUCAACGGUGGUUUUGGGAAACGCACCCCUGAUCUCAGACUCACCUUCAUGACUGGAUCCAGAAUAAACUCUGAUGUUCUUGUGUAGAAAACUGAACAUGAGCAGAUUCAGAGGUCGGUGUUUCUGGUUCAUGUCUCUGAAUGACUGAAGUCCAGAAGAUGGAGGAUUGUGUGGAGAAAGAGGAGGAGAGACCAGAGUCUCCAGGAUCCAUCAGUGUCUCUAUGAAGAGUGACCGGUCCAAACCUGAACCUCCAGACUUCAGUAAAGAACCUGGACCUUCAGACACAAAAGGUCGGUACUGCAGUCAGAGACCAGAGUCUCCAGGAUCCAUCUGUCUGUCCCUGAAGAGUGACCGGUCCAUGAACCCCCCUUUAGAGUUCAGUAAAGAACCUGGACCUUCAGACACAAAAGGUCGGUACUGCAGUCAGAGACCAGAGUCUCCAGGAUCCAUCUGUCUGUCCCUGAAGAGUGACCGGUCCAUGAACCCCCCUUUAGAGUUCAGUAAAGAACCUGGACCUUCAGACACACGAAGAGGAGUGAAUUCUGCAGCCUCCAGGUGUCGGUCUACGAAGAGUGACGUCUCCAAAGAUCUACCUGACGACUUCAACAAUGAUCCUGCUCUGAUGAAACGGAGCUCAGACCAGUCGACUUCAUCGGAAUAUCUGGGAUAUGGAAAAAGAUCCAGAGCAAGAUCUCCACAAGCAGAUGCUGGUCUGCAGCAGGUCCUAGAUGAACAUAAGACCAGUCUGAGGAGCAGAUGUGAACAUGUGACUGAAGGAACUGAUGAACCAGGAAGUAGAACCCCCCUCAACAGGAUCUACACGGAGCUCUUCAUCACAGAGGGACUGAGUGAAGAGGUUGAUACCCAACAUGAGGUGAUGCAGCUGGAGACAGCUCCCAGGAUGAAGAGCCUCCAUGACACUCCAAUCAGGUGCCAGGACAUCUUUAAAGCCUUACCUGACCAACGUGGAGCCAUCAGAGUGGUUCUGACCAACGGCGUCGCUGGCGCUGGGAAAACCUUCUCGGUUCAGAAGUUCUCUCUGGACUGGGCCGAGGGCUCGGAGAACCAAGACGUCACCGUGGUGAUUCUGCUCUCGUUCAGGGAGCUGCACCUGAUCAGAGAUGAGCAGCUCAGUCUUCUCAGGCUGAUCCAGGUUUUCCAUCCAUCGUUCCAGAAGCUCACAGCAGAGCAGCUGGCUGCCGGGAAACCGUUGUUCAUCUUUGACGGCCUGGAUGAAAGCAGACGUUCCCUGGACUUCAACAACGGUCCGGUGGUGUCUGACGUCACACAGAGCUCAUGGGUCAACGUGCUGCUGACCAACCUCAUCCAGGGGAACCUGCUUCCCUCAGCUCUCAUCUGGAUCACUUCCAGACCUGCAGCAGCCAAUCAGAUCCCUCACAAACACGUGGACAGGGUGACAGAAGUACGAGGCUUCACCGACGGCCAGAAGGAGGAAUACUUCAGGAGGAGGUUCAGGGAUGAAGAGCGGUCCAGCAGCAUCGUCUCCCACAUGAAGACAUCCAGAACCCUCCACAUCAUGUGUCAACUCCCGGUCUUCUGCUGGAUCACUGCUACAGUUCUGGACCACAUGUUGACCACAGAGCAGAGAGGAGAGCUGCCCAAGACCCUGACUGACAUGUUCUCCCACUUCCUGCUGGUCCAGACCAAGAGGAAGAAGAACAAGUACCAGGAGGGACGUGAGACGAGUCCACAGGAGCUGACGGAGGCUGACAGGGACCUUCUCCUGAAGCUGGGGAGGCUGGCGUUUGAACAUCUGGAGAAAGGAAACAUCAUGUUCUACCAAGAAGACCUGGAGCAGUGUGGGCUUGAUGUCCCAGAGGCCUCGGUGUACUCAGGAGUUUGUACCCAGAUCUUCAGGAGAGAGUGUGAGGUCUUCCAGAAACCCGUCUACUGCUUUGUUCAUCUGAGCAUCCAGGAGUUCCUGGCUGCAGUCUACGUGCUCCACUGUUGGUCCACCAGGAACACAGAUGUGCUGGAGAACUUCCUGGGAGAUGACUACACAUACUCAUCUCUGGAUGACUUACUGGAGAGAGUCAUGUGGAAAUCCCUGGAGAGUAAAAAUGGCAACCUGGACCUGUUUGUCCGCUUCCUUCAUGGUCUUUGUGUGGAGUCCAACCAGAGACUGUUAGGAGUUCUGCUGAACCAGACGGAGAACGAUCCAGAAACCAUCCAGAGAGUCAUCAACAACCUGAAGGAGAUGAACACUAAAGAAAUCUCUCCUGACAGAAGCAUCAACAUCUUCCAGUGUCUGGUGGAGAUGAACGACCUCUCAGUUCAUCAGCAGAUCCAAGAGUUCCUGAAGUCAGAGAACAGAUCCGAGCAGGAACUCUCUGAGAUCCAGUGUUCAGCUCUGGCCUACAUGCUGCAGAUGUCGGAGGAGGUUCUGGAUGAGUUGGACCUGAAAAAAUAUAACACAACAGACGGGGGUCGAUGGAGACUGAUUCCAGCUGUGAGGAACUGCAGAAAGGCUCGAUUUGUUAAUUGUGGACUCUCAGAGACUCACUAUGAAGUUGUUGCGUCCGCUCUGAAGUCCAACCCCUCCCAUCCUACACAGCUGGACCUGAGUUACAACAUCCUGAAGGAUCCAGGAGUGAAGGUUCUGUCUGGUGGACUGGAGAGUCCAAACUGUAGACUGGAGACUCUGAGGUUGGAGUGCUGCGAUCUGUCAGAGAUCAGCUGUUCUUCUCUGGUCUCAGCUCUGAAGUCCAACCCCUCCCAUCUGAAACAUCUGGACCUGAGUAGGAACAAGAAGCUGCAGGAUUCAGGAGUGAAACAUCUGUGUGGAUUUCUGGAGAGUCCAGACUGCAGACUGGAGACUCUGAGGUUGAAGGACUGCGGUUUGUCAAAGAUCAGCUGUUCUUCUCUGGUCUCAGCUCUGAAGUCCAACCCCUCCCAUCUGAAACAUUUGUACCUGAGCUGGAAUGACCUGCAGGAUUCAGAUGUGGAGCAGCUGUCUGGUCUGGUGCAGAGUCCAGACUACCAGCUGCAGAUUCUCAGAUGGAAAUAUGAGAGUUAACGGGACGGUGUUUGUGCUGAGAGGAUGAGACGUGUCCUGGAUCGUCCUCAGAGUUGAAGCAGAACCAGUCUGUGUGGACAGACUCUGACUGGACUGUGAUGAUGAUGAUGAUGAUGAUGAAGAUGAAGAUGAAGAUGAAGAUGAACAUAGUUUCUGAAUUCCAGCGUUCUACAAACUUCUCAAAUAUUCAUGUAUUUCAUGUUAAGUCAAAACGUCUUUAUUGUUAUAAUAUUAUUGCUAAAAAACAGUACAUCAAAAGGUAGCCUUUAAUUUGAACUUGAGUUUCGUUCGACAUUGUUCCUCAAGCUCUUUGUCUAAAGUCUGGAUGAGUUCUAGUUCAGAGGUUCCAACUACUAAUGUAGUGAUGGAUAAAUGUCUGCGCUGCCGCGGCGGAGCUGCUCAUUAAAGCAGCCGUCUCCCCCACCGAGUCACAUGACUCCCCGGUGUUUUCUUUUUAUUGAUUGAUUGAUUGAUUGAUUGAUUGAUUGAUUGAUUGAUUGAUUGAUUGAUUGAUUGAUUGAUUGAUUGAUUGAUUGAUUGAUUGAUUGGACAAUCUUUAAAAAAACAUACACGAAUAACUGCAUUGCAGUCUCACAUACAUUAAUGAUAAAAAUUGUCGAGGAUUAAAACACAAUAAAGCCAACAGGCUUAUUUCCAUUGCGGUCCUCGAUGUUUAUAAAAGCUGACGGAAAAUGCAGGUGUCGACAAGUUUGAUGUUAGUUUACUAUUGGCUCCUCAUAAGAAAACCAGACAAAACACAACUAAAAACACAGAAACAUUUAACACAGAUCAAACCACAGAAGAUAAAACACAAAUGUCAAGUGGUUUAAUUUCAGGUGAAAGUUAUUUGAGAUCAGUUUGAGGGGAAGUGGG